GUGAGAGCCAGUGCCUCGGCCGCUCAGGAGAGCCCUCGGGACCCGGGGAGGCUCUAGUCCGGCUCCCAUCGUUGCCCCUCCCACAGCUGCUCUCAGGUCCUAUCGCAAGUGCGUCGGACACAGAGCAGCCGAACUGAGAAAAUGCAUUUUAAUAAAACCCAUUGAUUUUUGUGGGUGCAAGUCAAGGAAAAGGCACCUAAAGAGUCUUCCAUCCCCUGCCACCUCCCCCCUCUCCUGACCUGCGGUGGGGCGGUCACACAUCGAUCCUUCCUGGAUAAUAGAUCGCGCCACCAGGAGGACCCCCGGGACGGCAGGGAGCUGGGAGCAGCGCUGCAGCCCAGCGGAGUUAAUCAAACCAGCAACAGGAUCUCAGGGCGCAGCGGCGGCGGCGGCGGCAUUAUGCGUGAUUACUGACAGGCACCAGCUGCCGGGCGGCUCCAGCGCGCUAUGCGGCCGCCCCAGUGGAGAGGCGGAUUCCUGGCUAAUCCCCGAGGGCUGGCCCAGCCCGCGCAGCCGGGUGCGGGGUGGCGACGACCACUCUUGGGCGCCCGAGUUGAAGGGCACGGCCGUGCCUGGGGCGGGGAGCCGCGAUCUUCAGAGACCCGGCAGCGAGGACUAUGAGUGGAGAGUAAACAUGUACGGGAAUUAUCCUCACUUCAUGAAGUUCCCCACCAGCUUUGGCGGCUCCCCCGGCCACUCUGGCUCCACGUCCACGAGCCCAUCGGCAGCCUUGUCCACAGGAAAGCCCAUGGACAGCCACCCCGGCUACACGGACACCCCUGUGAGUGCUCCACGGACGCUGAGUGCGGUGGGGACCCCCCUCAAUGCCCUGGGCUCUCCGUAUCGCGUCAUCACGUCUGCCAUGGGCCCGCCCUCAGGAGCGCUGGCAGCCCCUCCAGGAAUCAACCUGGUUGCCCCGCCCAGCUCUCAGCUCAAUGCGGUCAACGGGGUCAGCCUCUCAGAGGACGUCAAGCCCUUGGCCGGGCUCCCCGGGCUCGGGACCAUGAACUACCCGUCCACCAGCCCCGGGCCCCUGGUCAAGCACAUCUGCGCCAUCUGCGGGGACAGGUCCUCAGGCAAGCACUACGGCGUGUACAGCUGUGAGGGCUGCAAAGGCUUCUUCAAGCGCACGAUCCGCAAGGACCUGCUGUACACCUGCCGGGACAACAAGGACUGCCUCAUCGACAAGCGCCAGCGCAACCGCUGCCAGUACUGCCGCUACCAGAAGUGCCUGGUCAUGGGCAUGAAGCGGGAAGCCGUGCAGGAGGAGAGGCAGAGGAGCCGGGAGCGGGCGGAGAGCGAGGCGGAGUGCGCGGGCGGCGCCCACGAAGGCAUGCCCGUGGAGAGGAUCCUGGAGGCGGAACUGGCCGUUGAGCCGAAGACAGAGUCCUACGGCGACAUGAGCAUGGAGAGCUCGACCAACGACCCUGUCACCAACAUCUGCCACGCGGCCGACAAGCAGCUGUUCACCCUUGUCGAGUGGGCCAAGCGCAUCCCCCACUUCUCGGGCCUCUCGCUGGAGGACCAGGUCAUCCUGCUCCGCGCAGGGUGGAACGAGCUUCUGAUCGCCUCCUUCUCCCACCGCUCGGUCUCUGUGCAGGACGGCAUUCUCCUGGCCACCGGGCUGCACGUGCACCGGAGCAGCGCCCACAGCGCUGGCGUGGGCUCCAUCUUUGACAGAGUCCUGACCGAGCUGGUCUCCAAAAUGAAAGACAUGCAGAUGGACAAGUCGGAGCUGGGGUGCCUGCGCGCCAUCGUGCUGUUUAACCCAGAUGCCAAGGGUCUGUCCAACCCCUCGGAGGUCGAGACCCUUCGGGAGAAGGUCUACGCCACCCUCGAGGCCUACACCAAGCAGAAGUACCCGGACCAGCCAGGCAGGUUCGCCAAGCUGCUGCUGCGCCUGCCCGCCCUGCGCUCCAUCGGCCUGAAGUGCCUGGAGCACCUCUUCUUCUUCAAGCUCAUUGGGGACACGCCCAUCGACACCUUCCUGAUGGAGAUGCUGGAGACCCCGCUGCAGGUCACCUGAGCCCCCGGCCCGCCUCCCGCCUGGCGGAGCUCCGGGCAGCUGUGUGGGGACCCGUCCUGCCCAGGUUCCCCCGCUUCCCACCGACCCCUCCUGCCCUGGAAUGUGAUGUUUAUAAUAAAGAACCCUUUCUACGCA